AUGGCUUCCUUUCUCCUCCCAGUUACUGCAAUCACUCUUCUUCUCUUCGUUCUCUCUCCUUCUCCUAGUUCCGCCGAUCUUGUCCUAGACACGGACGGUAAUCCACUACAAAAUGGCGGCCAGUAUUACAUCCUUCCACACUCGAAAAACACUGGCGGCCUUAUUGUAGAUGGUCUAGUUAAACCCGGCCAAAUCUGCCCUGCAUACGUUGGCACUGCGCAUUCCGGAGAAGAUGGCAUGCCCUUGGAGAUCUUGUCGCAGUAUAGAGUAUUCCACCUUUCGACCUCACUUCCCCUCCAAUUAACCUUCAAGCCUCUCGUCCCCUUCUGUGGCUUUAUGCCUUUGCGGUGGUGGGUGGCGCCGAGUGAUGCCAACGACCAAUCGCGCAUUAUUGUCGGUGUUGAAGGGCCGUUCAAACCUACUUAUGCUUUCUUUGCUGAAAAAUCUGAUGCUGGACAAGAUGAUGAUGAUUACGAUGAUCUUAAGGAGUGUAAAGAUGUUACUAUUCUUGACGACGGACGUUUGGGAGUCGCCAAAGAUUCGCCAUUCCCUGUUACUUUUAAGAAGAAGUCAACUUUCCCAUUUUUAGCCGCAAAUAUGUAG